AUGGGCGGAUCGAAGACGACGAGCGGCGCGAGAGCACGAAAGACGGAGGCGGUCCCGAGCCCCUCCCUGGCGGACGUCCUCCAAGUCGAGCGGCUGUUCGACUUCGUCCCGCCCUCCGCCGCCGUCGAGCUCGCCGCCACCUGCUGGGACGGGCUUGUCGCGGUGCUGCGGUACGGCUGCGGAUACGAGGGCGUGGCGGACUGGUGGGCGCACGACGACUACGACCGCUGGUCCGACCAGAGCAAGCACCGCGUGGCGGUGCGGCGUAUACUGCCCGGCGGUGCGCUGGUGCGCGGGCUCGCGGCGCGCAUGGAGGGGGUAUCGCGGUGCGUGGGGCGGCUGGAGGUGGCGGGGGCGCACUUCCCGGCGGAGGACGCGAGGGCGGUGAGCGAGGCCGCCGACGCGGCGGGCGUGGUGGGCUCGGAGACCGACGGGCCGGACGAGCAGAUUGCAGCUUUGGCGGGCAUGGUGCGGGCCGGGGGCGCGCGGCUGCGCGUGGUGAAGGUGUGCGUGUCGGACAAGGACGCUCCUGGGGCGCUGGACUGGAGCUCGAAGGACGGCAUCUUCAACGUCGACCUGUUCUUGGACGUUCUGGAGGCGCCGGCGGUGCGCGACCACCUGGAGACGUUCUCGGUGACGAACGUCGUGGCCGUCGGGGCGGAGGUCGAGGGCAUGCUGGCGGCGCUGUGCGACGCGAGCGCUCUGCGCGUGCUGCAGUUGCGCGGUGCUGGUACGGCCGGGUCGUCUUCACAUAUCUUGAGUACAGACUUCUCCCGGGUGCUCUCGCGGCUCGUGCGCGGCUGCGGGACGCUGGAAGUGCUGGAGCUCCUGGAGCUCGAGCUGAACUGCGACGACGCAGAGCAGUUGGUGGACGCCGUGAGGGCGCGGAGCACGACCCUGCGGAAACUACGCUUCGGCCCCUUCGGUGACCUUGGCUUCGAUUUCGCACGAGAGCUGUCGAAAUCCAGCUUGAACGGAACUCCCGAGCUCGACCUGGCGUUCUCGAGCAUCGGUGAGAAAGACGUGGAGGACGUCGCCGAAAUGCUCGCAACAUCCGCAACCGACAACUUGGCAGCCCUCCACCUGGAGCACACGGACAUUCUUGUCAGAGACGACGGACCACUCCGCUGCGAUCAACUCGAGAAGCUGCUGCGCGCCUGCUCGGUCCUGCGCAAGCUCACCCUGCGGCAUACUAGCGCGGAGGUGUGGUCGGCAAUCCAGCGCGCUGCCAAGGGCCCGCUGCCGCUCGAGGUGCUGCACGCGGAGGAGGACGAAGUCGACGACGAGGCAGCGGAGGUCGUCGCAGAGGUGCUUGCGGCCAGCACGACGCUCCGCGAGGUCAGGAUUCGGUACAUGAUUAAGGACUACGACGAGGAGGAUCACUUCGUGCACUUGCCGGGCAGGAGGCAGGACGUGGUGCGCAAGCUGGCGGCGGCGGUCCGUGACAGCCGGAGCCUGCGCACCCUGGACGUCGACUACAACCACCGCGACGCCGCCGCGCUCGCGCGGGCCCUGGUGCAGAACACGUCGGUGCGCAAUCUCAUCUUGGAGCGCCGCGAUGGCAGCCAGGCCGACUAUACGGCUCCGAAGGUGUUCCACACCCUGCUGACGCGCAACGCGACGCUGGAGGUCCUCAAGAUCGAAGUCGCGCACUCCUCGAUGCUCGAGCAGCUCGUGAAAGGCCUCAAGGACAACACGUCUCUCCGCGUCUUGGAGAUCUCCGGUUCCUUCUAUUCGGAGAUGCCCAGAGAGCAAUCACCCCAGGUCGCUGGGCUGGCUUUCGCGCUGCACAAGAACGACACCCUGAAGGUGCUGGGACUCGACCUCGAGAGGUUGGAGCCGUAUGCCUUGACUGCGAUGGGCGGCGUCCUGGCCCGCAAUCAGGGGCUCGAAGUCCUGCGCGUCGGAGCGCCUGAUGCCGAUCUCGACUUCAACGACGAGGUCGCCACGACCUUCGCGCGGGGCCUGUCGUCCAACUGCACACUGUGCGAGCUGCAGCUGGCUGGCAAGUUCACGGCGGUCGGCCUGCGGGCCCUGCGCGACGCUCUGGCGGACCGGGCGGGCGCGUUCAGGCUCGCGCUGACCCUGCAACCAGCCGACGCGCCCCCCGACCUGAUCGAGGAGGUGCGCAGCGCGUGUGCGCACGUCACCAUCAACAUCGAAGACAGCGCCUGA